AUGAAGGCGUAUGCAAUCAUAUUAUAUUUAUGUCUUAUUAUUUCUAGUCACUAUUUAAUAGUCAAUGCCAUUAGGAAAAAUGAGUUAAAAAGGAAUUUAAAAAAAGCAAAUAAAAACAACCCGGAUGCAUACCAAGGGAAAGGCAUGCUAAACUUUGAGAUAAUGAAAGAUAAUAUCAACUUUUCAAAUAUACAAUUAAAAGCAUCAAAGUUUUUUGAUAUACUAGGGUCAACACGAUUGAUGCAAAAUUUAAAUACAUCAAACCACGGAUCUUAUAUUUAUAGAUAUGUACAUAAUGUGCAUGAUCAUAAUGAAAAUAAUGGGGCUAUGCUAGUUUUUCUUCUUUUUUUUAUAUUCAUAUUUGCUAUUUUAUUCUUUAUUUUUUAUUUUAUUUUUAAAAGACAUGUAAAUCAUAUACGAUUUAUGAACAGCUAA